AUGAAGUUCCCAAUGUCUGAACUUCACUCAGGCAAAAGCCCUCCACAGUGCAGCAGCAGCGCCAAGAAGGUGCUGGUGGCGCUGCUGGUGCUCGCCUCGACGCCGGUUCUCCUCGCUGCGAUCUCCCUUUAUUUGUUCGUCACCGGCAUGCAUCUCAAUGUCCCGUUAUCUCAGGAGCUGGAGAUCAGCGCCAGUGAAUCCAAAGCAAUAGAGGGAGUGGACAGGAGACGCGAUGUAUUUAGAGGGAAAUGGGUCCAUCACCCCAAUGCCGUGUGCUACGCCAACAUGACUUGCCCUUUGAUCAUCGAUCAGCACAACUGCCUGAAGUUUGGGAGGCCCAACACUGAGUUCUUGAAGUGGCAGUGGAAGCCCGACGAGUGCGAGCUGCCUCAGUUCCACGCCGGCCAGUUCUUGGAGAUGGCUCAAGGGAAAUCGCUCGCGUUCAUGGGGGAUUUGGUCAGGAGGAACCAAAUGCAGUCACUGCACUACCUCCUGGCCAAUGUAAGUGCCGUCUCUGUGUCCCUACUCAGCUUAUGCAGCAUUUGCAUUUGA